AUGUUGUACCGGAAACUCCUGCUCCUGCGGAAGCGCCAGGCACUGGUGUCAACGAUCCUAACCAAGAGCCUCACCUCUUCAGUCUGGGAACCAGAUACUCCUCACCUGAUUGGAGAUGAUGCUCCUGCGUUACCGGCCGAUCCCUUAUUUCGGGUGGGUACCUUUGAGCGUGAACAGUUCGAUCACCGGUACCAGGUUGAGAUCCAAGUCUUGUUCAAGAUACACACGGAGGCGGAGGUUGUCCUUGAUAACCCGGUUGCCAACGUUUCGAGAAAGACCAAGGCCAAGCCUUCCGGCCGCCGAUCCGCUGCCACCACCGUCGACCAAGGUGGCAAGUCCAAGAGCUUGGGCUCACCUCGCCGUCGUAGUCCUUUCAAAAGGCCAGUGUUUUCCGAUUCACCAUCCAGGAAAGGUGGCAACAACCAAGUGUUGGGGUCAUCUUCCAAGCCCCUGGUCAAGACCCGCUCCGAUGACGCGUUAUCUGUCAAGAAGGAUGAGUUGUCUUCAGACAACAUUGAUGUCGCACUUCAUUUCCCUAAGAAACUUGUUUAUCCUGAACGCCCUGAGCCCUCAGAGUCUAACGUUGAUAUAAAGUUGGAGUCUGAUGACCCCGAUAUCACAAUCAACAGCCACCAGAAGGUUCAUUAUCCACCUCGAAGCCCAUCCAAAAAGCGCCGUGGUUUUGAGGAUGAGCGCAAGACCGGUGGGUCUUCAUCCAAAAAGAAGAUGAAGAUGGAAUCAGACGAUGACAAGUUCCAAAUCCAUUCAGAUCGGUUGGUUACCAUAUCAGAAUGUGAUAUGACUUUCACAUUACUCUGGUGCUUCCUUUAUCCUCUCACAAUUCAUCAUUAA